AUGGUUAAUAUUAGUAAGGUGAAUAGUCGCUAUGUAGUGUGUUUGCCGUGGAAAAAUUUAAGCGAAAAAUUGAAUAGCAAUAUAGAAAUUGCAGAGCGGAGAUUGUACAGUUUGACGAAUAAAUUGUUUAAGGACAACAAUAAACUUAUUGAAUAUGAUAUAGCGAUUAGAGAAUUGGUGCAGAACGGCAUAGAGGAACAAGUAAACGACGCAAAGGGCGAAAAAACGUACUAUAUGCCCUACAAACCAGUUUAUCGCGACGAUAAAGUCACUACAAAAACGCGAAUAGUUUUUGACGCAUCCUCUAGCGAGCCAGAGGGCUUAUCCUUAAACGAACACUUGAAUUCGGGCGACAAUCUCGUAGCAGACUUGCUGAAAACUCUUUUAAGAUUCCGUUUAAACAAGAUAGCGAUGACUGCAGACAUUGAAAAGGCAUUUCUUCAGAUUGAGGUUGCGGCAAAUGAUCGAGACGCACUCCGAUUUUUAUGGUACGAGCGUACCCCUACGUCUAAAUUUCGACGGCCAAAAAUCGUCGAAUACCGUAUGACCAGGGUAACGUUUGGUGUGACGUCCAGUCCAUUUUUGCUGGCUGCGACACUCCGCCAUCAUUUAAACACUUCUCAGCAAGAGUAUGGAGAGUAUGGAUAG